UGAACACGGGCCACGAUACAUAGUUUAAUAACCUCAAAUAAGUUUAUUACACAUCCGAAAUAAAAGAAUAUUUCCUAUACAAGGUGGUCAAAAUAUUUCCAGUCCACGGUGGCCAAAAUAUGGCGAUAGGUGGGAAUAUUGUAAAUUAUUCGACGGUAUUGGUAUACAUUAAAACAAAGCUAAAGUCCAUGUAUGUUCGUCCAAUAAUGUGCAGACCCCAAAGCCACGUGCCCGUGACGAGUUCGCAUUGAAAGUUUUUUAUUGGUUGCUGGUGGCAUUGAAGACACUUUGGUCUUUAGAAUUACAACAAUCAACAACAUUGGUCUUUGGAAUUACAGUAGUGAACAAUAUAGAUCAGAGCUUAGUACUUUUGUGACUUACAAACAACAUUUAUUUUCAUCAUCAUGUUUGUUUUAAAUUUAGGGGGUCUCUGUAAACGAGCGGUGAUGUUCAGCGCCACAAUAUUGGUUUUCCUGAGCAUAAUAACCGUAGCGGAAGAAACCGGAACAAGUACAGACCACCGCCGAUUACUGGAUACUCUAUUUGAUCCCGCUAAAUAUAGUCCAAUAAUCCGACCAAUUUAUAACCGGGCACAUGUUACACAUGUCAAUAUGACCGUAGUACUGUCUACAAUUAUCGAUAUGGACGAACGUAAUCAACUUCUUAAAAGCAAUAUGUGGGUUACCUUGCAAUGGAUAGACGAGUUCAUGCGGUGGAAUCCUGAUGAUUACGGAGGAAUAGACAAUAUUAAGGUGCCUUCCACUGAUAUAUGGCUGCCGGACGUUGUACUGUAUGACAAUGCUGCCACGUCGUAUAUCAAUUUUCUAAUUAAACAAAUAGCCAUCAUUUACUACACUGGAGAAAUUUUGUGGGCAGCUCCCGUAAUAUAUGUGAGCUCGUGUUCAGUAGAUGUCACAUAUUUUCCAUUUGACAUGCAAAACUGUUCGAUGAAGUUUGGUCCUUGGCAACAUGACGGCACAGAGGUAUAUAUGCAUGGUGUCGCUAACAAAGAAGAGUAUCAAAGCGAUGGACAGUGGGAUCUAGUCGAGGUGACAGCAGUGGAAAAUGUGGAAUAUUACCCAGACCACCCUGAAGUACCAUAUACAGAUGUUAGAUUUGGAUUAGUAUUUACAAGAAGACCGCAGUAUUACGUUUUCAAUUUGUUAUUACCAAAUGCAUUGUUUACCGUUGUCACCAUCACAGUGUUCUAUUUGCCGCCGGAGUCUGGUGAAAAAAUUAGUUUAAGUAUUACAAUCUUGCUGUCCUUGACAGUGUUCCAGUUGAUGUUAGCGGAUUUUAUGCCACCUUCCAGUUUCCUGCCAUUCGUAGGAUACUACUUCAUCGGCGUAAUGGUGCUAGUGUCUAUGUCACUGGUGUCUUCAGUUCUAGUACUUAAUGUUCACUGUGGGACUCCAGAGGACGAUGGAAUGCCUGCUUGGGUACGGCGUUUGUGUUUAGAUCAUCUAGCGCCGUUGAUGCACGUUUGGAAACGACCGAUUGCCCGUCCUUUUCAAGCUAAUAUAUCAAUGCACAGACUGGAGGAAUUGAAGCGAGCGCCAACUUAUGUUAAGGCAAAACUGAGCAACGGGGAAGUGUUUUUGCCUUUGCUUCGAAAAUAUAGUAUAGUACCUGAUCAAAACAGUCGGCAUCGUAUCAUGGGCAGCUCGCCUGAACGCCCACGGAAGGUUCGGGGUAAUGCAUGUGACGAGAGUGAACUAGUCAUUGAGCUAUUGGAAGAAACAAAAAAACUCACCAAGUACUUUGACUUGAAGAGAAGAGAAGAGUUAGCCAAGAAAGAUUGGAAAAUUGUAGCAAUGGUCGUGGACAAAUUAUUUUUGUUAAUUUAUAUUAUCGGGAGUGUUGUUGCUGCAGUUAUCUUCGCCUGUCAGAUGGGAACAAAUACAUCAAAGACGAUAUAAAAUACAACAAAUAUGUGACAAGCAUGGGUUUCUUAUCCAACCAAUCAAAAUUCGUUUGCCAAAUAACAGAGUGGCCGCAACAAUCAAAAUGUUUGACAAAGCUACUGAAUCAUCAUCAUCAUCAUCAUCAUCAUCAUCAUCAUCAUCAUCAUCAUCAUUAUCAUCAUCAUCAUCAUCGUCAUUAUCGUCAUUAUCGUCAUUGUCGUCAUCACCAUCUCCAUCCUCAUCGUCAUCAUAAUGAUAUUUUAAUUGCAAUUCCGCACAUGACUAUAUAAAAAGACUUGAGUGUUGGGUGACAGUAUUUACAUUUAUUUGAACCCAGUUUCUAAUAAAGAUUUUCUGUACUCCGUGUGAUAUUUAGACCAGAAACCGUUCUCCAAAAAGUUCUCUUCGUAUCUCCAACGUAUAUACUGUUAGUCUCUGUCAGAGUAGACCGAAAAUAAGACUUAUGUGUUAACAUCCACAUGUCAGUCCGUGCUUCCGUCCGACGUAAUUUCACGGACAUGCCGA